CAUCAUUUGUUCCCCCAUCCUCCCAUUAGCCCUUGUCUCACCACUCCAUUCACCAUCUCAACCAACAAAAAGCCCCUCUAGGUCCUAAACACCAGAGGGAGAUUUGCAGAACCACCACCAACAAAAAUGGACUAUCAACAGCCCCACCGCUACAUGAGGCCUCCUCCACCACCUCCUCCGCCGUCCAUGGCGGAUCCCCACCACCACCACCACCACCAACCCCUUCCUCCCCCUGGCCCCUGGUAUCCUGGCCAAUUCCAUUACCAACCUCCACCAUCGCAAUACUCUCCCUCUCCUCCACCACCACCGCCUCACCAGCAGUGGCCUCCGCCGCCUCAGUAUGCUACUCAGCCGCCUCCUUAUCCUUCGCACCCCGUUCACAACCAGUACCCUCCUCCUCCUCCUCCUCCUCCUUCUCAUCGACCUCCUGUGCCUCCUCCAUAUCAUCCUCAUUCUCAGAUUCCCCAAUCUUAUCCUCAGGAUUGGGGCAAUGCGAACUGGGGUCAUCAUCAAGGUUGGGAGUAUCCAGUUCAUAGCAAUGAAGAAGAUUGGGCUGCCAAGGCCAGAGCGUGGGCCGCAGCCAAAGUUGCAACAGAUGAUCAGCAUUCACAGUCACAGUAUACACCAGUUGGCAGACCGGAAGAACAGAGUCAUUAUCAUGAUCAGUAUACACAAACUGCUGAUCCUCAUUAUCCUGACGUGGCUAAACCGUCACUUCAUGCAACGAGCUAUCAACAGUAUCCACCUCCAGCUGCACCCCCACACAGGCCACCCAUGGUUCAUCUGCAGGAGUCUGCAUCCAUCAAUUCUGGGCAAUCUUCUUUUGUUCCAGAUGAGCAUUUAGCUUACAGUGCUAGAGAUGGAAAUUUGGCAGGAGAUCCAAAUGCUGUAUUUCCUCAUCAAGAAAGUUCACCUACAAGUUCAUCGGUUCAUCUGCAGGAGGUACCUUCUAGUUAUUCUUCUGUUACAGGUAAAGAAGAGGCUGGAGAUCAAAACGAAAAGUUUUACAAGUCUUUCCCCGACUCAAGUCAAGGACCACACCACAUGCUUCCACCACUGCCUGCAAUUGAUAGAUCUGUUAAGAUGGACCAGCGCCAUUAUGCAGUUGGAAACCAGUCUUCGGAGGCCCCAAUCGAUCUUAGUGAUCAGCCUUUAGUUUUUACACAUAGGUCUAGUCAUAAUCAUGAUCCACUUACGCAAGCAAAUUAUAUGCACACUGAUUCAGGAGGACUAAUAAGAGGUGUGGACCAUGUUGCUGCUGCACCUUCUAAUCAUACUUGGACUUCCCCUGUUUUGCCUGGCGCAGUUUAUCCUCCAAUCCCUCCAAUGCUCCAAUCAGGACAACAGCAUGAUCCUUCCUUAUCUUCUCCAGUUCCUGGGCAUUCUGCACCUAUGUUUGGAAGGAUGCCUGGAGCAAGCUUCCAGCCAACAAUUCCAUCUGUUGGCCCACCGUUUGGCAUUGGCGCAGGAAGUGGCCUUCAUCCAACAGCAGCCUUUCCUGGUGAUGUUUAUGGGGUUCCUAGUGUUUCUGAACGCCCUAAAAAGGCUUCAGUACCUAACUGGUUAAGAGAGGAAAUAAUUAAGAAGAAAGCUGUUAUUGUAAAUUCUACUUCGGAGUACGCAAAAGAGGAAAUUGAAUCCAUUGAAGAUGAAGAAGCUGUUGAUAAUUCUCUUGGGAAAGCUGAUCAGGCAGAUAGAAAAACCAUGGACUCUUCUAAAUCUACUGAAGAAGAGGAUGACGAUGAUGAGGACUAUGUGGAAGCAGCUAGAACAGCAGCAAUAAACCAGGAAAUAAAGCGCAUCCUAACUGAAGUUCUCUUGAAGGUUACUGAUGAACUUUUUGAUGAAAUUGCAACGAAAGUUCUAAGUGAAGAUGAUUUGACUGUUGAAGCUGACCAAAAUGUUGUUGCUCCAAAGCCUAAACUAUUACCAUCAGUUCCGUCAGUUCCAACUCCUAAGGCUUCUGCAAAGGUUCUAAUUCCAACAAAAGCCAACGGAACAAAAAAUGAAGAUGAUAGUGGAAAGUCUACUUCUAGCACUCCUGGAGAUCUCUUGGGUCUUGCUAGUUAUGCCUCUGAUGAUGAUGAGGAUGAUGACAAUACUGUUCACCAGCAGCCAAGUACUAGAAAGCUUUCUGAAGAUAAACAUCCAGUUGAGAAUGACAGUUCACAAGCAGAAACUGACGAGCACAGUAAAAGUCUCAGAAAUGUGGAGGGUGACACCAGCAGAAUGGUUUCUAAUGGGGCCGCAAUUCGUCAUGGUUCUGUAGUUAAUGAUUUGAGUGAUAAUAGAACAGGUAGAGGGUCAUCUGAUGGCAAUGUUGGAUCCAGAUAUUCUUCUAAGAUGGUCUCUGGAGCUACGGAAGGCGAGGAUAACUUUGAUGGAGAGAAGAGGCUGGAGAAUGCUGAUGCCUCCAGGCCAAAUCGAAGUGUAGGAGAAAAAGUUAUGAAAACUGAACUACCACUUGUUGCCAAAAAGUCAGCUACAGAUGAUUCUCAAGGUAGAGAAGCCAGGAAUAAACAAGAUAAGAAUGAUAAGCUUGAAACCAAAAGGAGUUCUGCUGGGAAAGACAUUGUUAAGGAGGUAGAUAGUUCUAAGGAUAGAACAGACGAGAGGGAAGAUGAGAAUCGUAGGAGGCAGGAUGAGAGGCAUGCCAAAAAGGAAAGAACAGAUGAUAGGAAUGGUUCAAAAGAAAAAAUGAAAGAGCAAGGUGGAAAGUCUCGGGAAAAAGCAAAGGAGUCUGAUUCAAGAAAAAGGUCUAUUCAUCCUGAUGUUAAGGAGGAUAGAAAGGAAAAAGAGAGAGACAGAAGAGCUACUGCUGAAGAAGAUAGUAAUAGACGAAGAGAAAGAACAAAGGAUGAGAAGGGAGAAAGAUCGAGACAUAAGCUUGCAGGUGAAUCAAGCAGGCAUAAGAGGCGUCGUUCUUCUUCAGUUGGCAGUAGAGGUAGAAACAGCAAGGACAACUCAAUAGUUAGUCACGCCAAUGAUUCAAGUGAUGAAUCCUCGGAUGAUUCUAAAAGCAGGAAGCUACAUUCAAAAAGGCGUCAUUUAUCACCGUCACCUAACAGGUCUAGGCGAAGUCUGUCAUGCUGUCAUGCCAUCCUGCUGCAGCUAUCUGCCUAGGCAUUUGGUUUUUUAUUUUAUUGCAUGCUAAUUUCUGAAUGGUGUAGAAUCCUACAUCCCACCACCACCACCACCACCACCGCCGCCGCCGCCAAAUAGAUUGCUGUGGAAGUUGAAAAGUGGAGUUCAUUUGGUCAAUCAAUUAUAUUUGGCUUAUGCUGUAGUCUGAUAUUUCAUAAUAAUAUUGCCCAAAAGUCAACUGAUUCAUGACAUGCCUCCAGUUGACCAAAGAGUGAAUUCUGCCCUUGAAUCUAUUCCAUUGCUGUAUUUUGAUGUGGGGAAUCACUCUAGUCUUUUGUUGCUUGUGUAAUUUUGAAUUUUUGGAAUUCUAACUGGUUUCUUUGUUAUGACCUUAAAAUGAAGAGAUGGAAACACUCUUGGGGUUGAAAAAGAAAUUCUCCCAUUCUCAUGUUUCAUGAUCAUGAUUUUUUUCUCAUUUUCUGCUAGUUUACAUUUAUAAUUGAGGAUGGUUCAAGUUUUUUUGUGAAAUAGCCUUGCUGGCUUCAGAUCUGGGUCUUCUGCAUUGGCUAUCUAUCUUUGUUGCUUUACCAAUUUUGACAUAUUAAUCUCAGGCCUCGUUUGAGAACAUGCUCUUUUAGUAACUUUUUGGCUUUUUACGAAAAGAUGUGUAGAAAAGUAGAGAGAGUGAUGUGACAUCUUAUAGUGACUUUUUGAUUUUUUUGGCUAAAAUAAUUACUCCCCAAACGAGGCCUACUGUGGUUGAAAUGAAAUGCUGAUUGAGCUCCAUUUACUUAUUGGAUAAACAUCACUUGGAGUUGAUAAUGGUAUAAAGAGAAUUUUAUUUUAGAAUUGUCUGACUGGUGGUUUUGUGAUCUUGUCUGUGCUAAUGUUUGUGGGUGGUGUAAUAAUUUAUUUUCAUGUUGAUAAGAACAACUUUACUGUAAGAAAACUUGUCCAUUGCCUGAACAGAAAUUUUGUGGUCUUUUUGUCUUGACUCUUAAUCAGCUGAGCAUUCUUGUGAUUUGUUUCUUUAUGUUCAUGAAAAGUUCUUGGGUGGUAAUGUAUCUUCAACUCAACUCAACUACCAAAACCCUGAACUUGAACUACUUGGAGUAAUGAACUUUCCGUUAUAGUACCUUUUAAGUGUGUUUUUGGGAAGAUUUGUUAUUGCUGAAAAUGUUCUUAAUUUUGGGUGUUUUUCCUUGUGGAGAGAGAGUACUUGGUCUUGGAGUUCUAUUAUAAAGUGCAUAUGAAUUUCUGGUUUCCUUUCAACUAUUUUGUUUUCCCUCAAGGUGUUGUGGAUAGUUGGAUACCAUAUUCUGAAUCAUGUUGGAGUAUCCCCCCCUGUUAUUUAGAAUUUAGAUGAGGGGCAGCUAGGGGAAAAUCCUUUCAGAGGAUAUAUGCAGGGUUUAUUAAGGUUUUAUCAAUUUUUUGUGUUGUUGACUAUAGAAUUAUCUUGUAGAAUUUUUUUUGAUAAUAAUAAUAAUGGUAUUUAAUCAAAUUAGACGCUAUUUUAUCUCAUCCUGAAGCAGAAUAGAUUAUGGCGACAGACCAACAAUCCUCAUUUAGUUUUGCUGUGUGCAAAGCUGAGCAUUCGUCUCUCUAAUUAUAUGUUUUGUGACUCACGGGCUUAGUAUGGAAUGUUUUCAUUUCUAGACAAGAUUCGCGGUCUCCUCAUAGCAAGCAUUCUCAGCGCAGGCAUUCUCCCUACUCUUCUCUUGAGACCAACAGGUAUGUUGCUUCUCAGUCUCUAUCUAAGGUUAAGACUUAAGAUUGUGUUUAAUGUAUUUGAGACACCAAUAAACAAUAAGCAACCCAGGUGAAAGUAUUGGGUCUUUGACUUUGUCCUUAAAAAUGUUCUAGUUUAUGAUCUUUUACAUUCUAUUGCAGGGGACGGAGAUCGAGGUCCAGGUCACCUGUUCGUAGGCAAAGAUGAUCGGAAAGGACGUCGUCUUCUUCAGAUGCUUCGUACCUGUUGCAACAUAUUUCACUUUGAAGAUAUAUGCAGGUUCUGUGUUACAGGUGUUAUGCUAUUCAACGUUGGCACAGUUGAGCGUAGUAGAAGAGGUUCUAUGCCAUGUACUUGCACUCAUAAAGGGCUUCGAUGAUACAUUAAGGUAGAUUGAUGAUGCACAGAGUAUAUUCAACAUGGUUGUAUUAUGUACCUCUGCACUUACAUUUUGGAUGAAAUUGUAUAUUUUUUUUGUUUGUUUGUGGGAUCAGGGUUGCAUGUUUGUUGUUAGUGUCAACUGUUGUUUAUAGGUAUCUCAAUGGGUGCUGAGAUAUUUUUCUUAUUGGCAGUUAUUUCAAUUUUGUAUAUUUUUUUUAAGUGGUUGAGCGAGUGGCUCUUCAUUUAUUUUUUAUUUUAUUUAUUUAUUUUUUUUC